UCUGAUGAAGUUGGACCUCAUUCUUGCAGCGUGAGUUACUUAAUACAGCCUAAAAUCAUGAUGAAAAAGAAGAGCACAUCUGCAAGCAAAGCUUCCUUGGUUCUCUUCCUGUGCCAAAUGAUUUCUGCAUUGGAUGUACCUCUAGACUCAAAACUUCUAGAAGAAUUAUCUCAGCCUCCAACAAUAACUCAGCAGUCUCCAAAAGAUUACAUUAUUGACCCUCGAGAGAAUAUUGUAAUACAGUGUGAAGCAAAAGGAAAGCCACCACCAAGCUUCUCAUGGACACGCAAUGGGACUCAUUUUGAUAUAGAUAAAGAUGCACUGGUAACAAUGAAGCCAAAUUCAGGAACCCUGGUCAUAAAUAUCAUGAAUGGUGGAAAGGCAGAGGCGUAUGAAGGGGUGUACCAGUGUACAGCAAGGAAUGAACGAGGAGCAGCCAUUUCCAACAAUAUUGUCAUAAGGCCAUCCAGAUCCCCUCUGUGGACUAAAGAAAGGCUAGAACCAAAUCAAGUUCGAGAAGGUGACUCUCUAGUGCUACACUGCAGACCUCCCGUUGGUUUACCACCCCCUAUAAUAUUUUGGAUGGAUAAUGCUUUCCAAAGGUUGCCUCAAAGUGAAAGAGUUUCCCAAGGUCUAAAUGGAGACCUUUAUUUUUCUAAUGUACAACCAGAAGACACCCGUGAGGACUAUAUCUGCUAUGCAAGAUUUAAUCAUACACAAACUAUACAGCAGAAGCAACCAAUUUCUGUAAAGGUUCUUUCAGUGGAUUCAUUGAAUGACACUAUAGCUGCUAAUUUGAGUGACACUGAUAUUUAUGGUGCCAAACCAGUUAAAGAGAGACAACCGGUUCUUCUAACACCAACAGGUAGCACAAGUAACAAAGUGGAACUGAGAGGAAAUGUGCUUUUGUUGGAGUGCAUUGCAGCAGGAUUACCCACACCAGUAAUCCGCUGGAUUAAAGAGGGUGGGGAACUGCCAGUCAACAGAACGUUUUUUGAAAACUUUAAGAAAACUCUCAAGAUCAUAGAUGUUUCUGAAGCUGAUUCUGGAAACUACAAAUGUAUAGCAAGAAAUAUACUAGGUUCUACUCAUCAUGUCAUUUCAGUGACUGUUAAAGCUGCCCCAUACUGGAUAACAGCACCCAGAAACUUGGUCUUGUCUCCUGGAGAGGAUGGGAUGUUGAUCUGCAGAGCUAAUGGCAACCCAAAGCCUCAUAUAAGCUGGUUAUCAAAUGGCGUUCCCAUAGCAAUUGCCCCAGAAGAUCCUAGCAGAAAGGUAGAUGGUGACACGAUUAUUUUCUCAGAUGUGCAAGAAAGGUCAAGUGCUGUGUAUCAGUGCAAUGCUUCUAAUGAGUAUGGAUAUCUUCUGGCAAAUGCAUUUGUGAACGUUUUGGCUGAGCCACCGAGAAUUCUAACUCCUGCUAAUAAACUGUACCAAGUCAUUGCAAAUAAUCCUGCAUUGCUAGACUGUGCUUAUUUUGGUUCUCCUAAGCCUGAAAUUGAAUGGUUUAAGGGAGUGAAAGGUAGCAUCUUGAGCGGAAGUGAAUACGUUUUCCAUGAAAAUGGAACCUUGGAAAUCCCGGUGGCUCAGAAGGAUAGCGUUGGUACAUACACGUGUGUAGCAAGGAAUGAAUUAGGAAAGAUACAAAACGAGGUGCAGUUGCAAGUGAAAGAUCCAACAAUGAUAAUCAAACAGCCAGAAUACAAAGUGAUUCAGAGAGCUGGCCAAGUUUCAUUUGAGUGUACAAUAAAACACGAUCCUACUUUAAUACCAACAAUUAUAUGGUUGAAAGACAAUGGAGAGCUACCAGAUGAUGAAAGGUUUCUAGUUGGUAAAGACAACUUGACCAUUAUGAAUGUAACUGAUAAAGAUGAUGGAACAUAUACUUGCGUAAUUAAUACCACUCUGGACAGUGUAUCAGCAAGUGCUGUGCUUACUGUUGUUGCUGCUCCCCCAACUCCAGCUAUCAUUUACGCUCGACCAAAUCCGCCCUUUGAUUUGGAGUUGACAGGUCAACUUGAAAGAAGCAUAGAGCUCUCGUGGAUACCAGGAGAUGAAAAUAACAGUCCAAUUACAAAUUUUGUUAUUGAAUAUGAAGAUGGCCUGCAUGAACCAGGGGUAUGGCAUUACCAGACAGAAGUUCCUGGAACUCAGACAACAGUGCAGUUGAAGCUGUCUCCGUACGUCAACUAUUCAUUCCGUGUGAUAGCUGUCAAUGAGAUUGGUAGAAGCCAGCCAAGUGAACCCUCUGAGCAAUACCUGACAAAAGCUGCAAACCCUGACGAAAAUCCUUCCAAUGUACAAGGGAUAGGCUCAGAACCUGAUAAUUUGGUGAUAACAUGGGAGUCUUUAAAAGGUUUUCAGUCCAAUGGACCAGGGCUUCAGUACAAAGUCAGCUGGCGUCAGAAAGAUUUUGACGAUGAAUGGACUUCUGUUAUAGUGGCAAAUGUAUCCAAGUAUAUUGUGUCUGGUACACCAACUUUUGUUCCCUAUGAGAUAAAAGUACAGGCUUUAAAUGACUUGGGAUAUGCUCCAGAGCCUUCAGAGGUGAUUGGACAUUCAGGGGAAGACUUGCCAAUGGUUGCUCCAGGCAAUGUGCAGGUUCAUGUUCUUAACAGCACAUUAGCAAAGGUGCAUUGGGACCCAGUUCCACUAAAAACUGUCCGAGGGCAUCUUCAAGGGUACAAGGUUUACUACUGGAAAGUGCAGAGUCUAUCCAGAAGGAGUAGGAGGCAUGUAGAAAAAAAGAUCUUGACUUUCAGGGGAAACAAGACUUUUGGAAUGUUGCCCGGACUGGAGCCCUAUAGUUCUUACAAGCUAAAUGUUAGAGUUGUUAAUGGCAAAGGAGAAGGACCAGCAAGCCCAGACAAAGUAUUUAGGACCCCCGAAGGAGUUCCCAGCUCACCCUCCUUUUUGAAGAUUACUGACCCAACACUGGACUCUCUAACUCUGGAGUGGGGUUCACCUACUCAUCCAAAUGGUAUUUUGACAUCAUAUAUACUGAAGUUUCAGCCAAUUAACAACACCCAUGAAUUAGGUCCUUUGGUAGAGAUAAGAAUUCCUGCCAACGAAAGCAGCUUGAUAUUAAAAAACUUAAAUUACAGCACGCGAUACAAGUUUUACUUUAAUGCACAAACAUCAGUUGGAUCAGGAAGUCAGAUAACUGAGGAAGCAGUAACAAUUAUGGAUGAAGCUGGUUUUCUCCGUCCUGCUAUAGGUGCAGGCAAAGGAUAUUCAGAAACCCCUUUUGCAACCUCCCCAGUCAUGCAUAUUGUCCGUCCAACAUUCUAUAAGGUGCAACCACUUUACCCAAGGAUCAGAAAUGUUACAACAGCUGCUGCUGAGACCUAUGCCAAUAUCAGUUGGGAGUAUGAGGGACCAGAUCAUGCGAACUUUUAUAUUGAAUAUGGUGUAGCAGGCAGCAAAGAAGAUUGGAAAAAAGAAAUUGUAAAUGGUUCUCGAAGCUUCUUUGUGUUAAAGGGUUUAACACCAGGAACAGCAUAUAAAGUCCGGGUUGGUGCUGAGGGCCUGUCUGGUUUUAAGAGUUCAGAGGAUGUGUUUGAGACAGGUCCAGCAAUGGCAAGCCGGCAGGUAGACAUCGCUACUCAAGGAUGGUUCAUUGGCCUUAUGUGUGCUGUGGCUCUUCUUAUCUUGAUUUUACUGAUUGUUUGCUUCAUAAGGCGGAAUAAAGGUGGCAAAUAUCCAGUGAAGGAAAAAGAGGAUGCACAUGCUGAUCCAGAAAUACAACCUAUGAAGGAAGAUGAUGGAACAUUUGGUGAAUACAGGUCUCUUGAAAGUGAUGCAGAGGACCAUAAGCCUCUAAAAAAGGGAAGCCGGACACCUUCAGACAGAACUGUGAAAAAGGAAGACAGUGAUGAUAGUCUAGUUGACUAUGGAGAAGGUGUAAAUGGUCAGUUCAAUGAGGACGGCUCCUUUAUUGGACAAUACAGUGGUAAAAAAGAGAAAGAACCUGCAGAAGGAAAUGAAAGUUCUGAGGCUCCUUCUCCUGUAAAUGCCAUGAAUUCAUUUGUGUAAUCAAAGAACUUGAUCCCUUGUCACAGUAUCUUCAGUUACAUUUAAAGCACUUGUACAUCCCCUCCGUGUAAUAUGAACAUGCAGGUAACAAAGCUCCUCACCACAAGAGGUUUAUGCUGUAAUAAUAUGCAGGCCAAUAUAAUUAUACAGUGUAAUUACACAGUAAGUGGAAUGUUCUUAUAAGUCAAAAUAAGAAAUUCAAAUUUGGUCCCAAACCUAAAUAUUCUCGUGUUUGUUUUUUUCAAGAAAGUGACACAAAAAACAACAUUGACUGAUAAUAUUAUUUCCUGUUGAAAAUACAGUAUAAUGCAUGAAAAAAAUGCUACACAGCUCACAGAUAAUCUUGUGUACACUAUAAAAACCUGGUUUGAUAAUUUGUUAUGCGGUCCUCAGCUGAAUCCCUGGGUAUGAAUUCUGUUUUCAUUGUCGGAGUGUUAUAGUAGUAUUACAUAGAACUUCAAUGUCUUUGUGGACAUUGUUGUGAAAUUGGUGACUUAAUGUCUAGCUAUCAUAUGUCUUUUUGUAAGACAGUUAGGAACAGUAUGUACAGUAUAUAAUUGCUAAAUGAUUUAAGUAUGACACUUGCAUUUGCUGAUGCUUAAUGAGACCCUAUUAUCUGCUCUUUGCUCCUAUUACUUUAUAGCCUUUUUAAUCUAUCAAGUGUUACAGCAGUACAGUGUUCUAUUUUUACAUCAAAAUACAUUGGAUUGAUUUUAGGGCAUGAAAGACACGCAUUACAAUGCGUUUUGGAAUUUGUACAGUUACUGAAGGAAAAACCUUAAAAUGAGAGAAAAUAUUCCAGGAAACACAGGGCAAAAUACAUUCAGUGCCUUUUUACAAUAUGCAUUCCAUAAUGCACUCUACUACUAAACCAGUUGGUGCAGUAAACUGUGAUUAGUGGACUACUAUCAUUGCCAAAUAAAGUAAAAACGUAAAAGAAAAGUGUUAUGGAACUGUUGUGCUAAAAAAAUGAAGGUUUUCAAUGUUUUAAA